AGAAGAGAAGCGAGGGAGUGGGCGAGGCUAGCAGCGCAGGAAGGCGAACCAAUAGAAUUCAAGCACGAAAAGCAUUCUCGCAACCCGAUUGGUCUACGCAGUAAGGGGCGGAGAGAGCGCGAAGCACUUCUCUCGGCAAGCGCCAUUUUGUGUCAUUGUAUGGCAGGGUAAGGGAAGGGAAGGUGGUUGGUGUUUUCACCACAUUUCUUUUUAUUGAGGCCGCCUUCAACAACAACAACUAAGAAGUGAUUCUCUGUUGCGUUGUUUCGCUAGGUUCCCUUGAGUUUAUUCUCUCGGAGAUGAGCUACGGUCGACCUCCUCCAGACGUAGAAGGCAUGACCUCCCUUAAAGUUGAUAACCUUACUUACCGAACGUCUCCCGAGACUCUCCGCCGCGUGUUCGAGAAGUACGGGCGGGUGGGCGAUGUCUACAUCCCUCGCGACCGAUACACCAAGGAGAGCCGCGGCUUCGCCUUCGUCCGUUUCCACGACAAGCGGGAUGCCGAGGACGCGAUGGACGCCAUGGACGGGGCCGUGCUGGAUGGCAGAGAGCUGAGGGUACAGAUGGCACGGUACGGCCGCCCUCCAGACUCCCACCAUGGCCGCAGGGGCCCACCACCUCGGAGAUUCGGGGACUAUGGCCGCAGGAGUCGAAGGUAAAAAUGGACCCAAAUAGGUUUAUGUCCCAUAACAUGUUUCAAAUGUGUUGGUGAGGUUUUAAUAUUAGAGGCGUUUAUAGGGUAAUUUUAUGCAAGGGUGCACAAAUAGAGAAAGCUGUAUAUUAACUCGCAUAGCAGAUUACUGGGUUUUCAAAAAUAUCCGCAUGGAAUUUUAGGCACCCCCCUUUUUUUUCCCCUCUUCCCUCAGUUUUAAAUCGUGUUUGGUGUUGCUUUUUAUCCGUGAAAAUGGUUUUAGAUGGGUGCAUUGCAGGGAAUAGGCCUCGGGUUUUGCAUAACCACGUGCCUCCUAAAAUGGCGGCCGUUACUGUCGGCAUAGUCAUAUGGCAGCAUGGAUAGACAACCUUGGCACUCCAGAUGUGGAUUAUAUCUCCCAUGAUGCUCUAUAUUGGCGUUAUGGCUACAAGAGCUUUGUGCAGAUGUUCUUCACAAAAUCUGGAGUGGUGAAGCUUUAACACUGGUCAAUAAGUGGGGGGAAAUGUAUAGUUGUAAACCUGCAGGGGCGUUAUGUACAGAGAAACUGCUUCAUUAAGCUUACUUAAAAUCUAUUCCUUUUUUUUUUUUUUACUGUGUGAUGUCCACUAUGGACUAAAUGCAUUGGUUAUACUUGCAAAGGAUGCACACAAGUUAUAUAGCAUGUAUUCUACAGAAAAGGAUGCAUUACGAUAUCUCUUCCAAGUAUGUAACCUCCUUACAUGCUGUUUUUAGAUCUAGAUACUUGUAUCCCAACAGUGUUCAUUUCUUCAUAGCGAAAUGUUGCACGUGGCCUAUAAGCACCAUGCCAUCAUAAAUAGCACAUGUAUUGUGCUUUCAGAGGUGGAUGUUACUAUUUACUAACAUGAGUUCUCUCUUAAUCGAUUCCCCUGCUUCCUCAAGCAGUGUUUAUAUCUCCCCUGAUUCCUACACUCUUCAUUACCAGUGUCUGGACACCGUGAUGUUGUCACUUAAUUUUUAUACACCAUAGUCAGCACUAAGAGCGUCGGCUGGAGUGUACAUUGCUACUGCAGUGCAUGUGUUGUGAUUGCUAGGUUUGAGGAGCAGGUCUGUUUGUGGGUGGUCUCUUUUGUCCUCCCUUGUCAGGGUAUUGUCCAUACUGACUAAUUCAGGGAGGAAAGCUUUUGAAUUGCUUUAAAAAAAAAAAAAAACUAUAGGUUUGCUAGCAAACUGGCCAGCACAUGUCGAUGAAAUAUGAUGCAAUUUUAUUUAGUAAAGCUAACUGGCUCUUUAAAAUCAGUUGAGUGCUUAUAGUACCUACCUGCAGUAACCCUUUAUUUUUUAUGUACCCUGCAGGUAGGCCACGAAUUUGGUAGUUUUCAGUGUUAUUGCUACACAUUUAUGUACCCACAUUUGCAUUGUGUGCAUUCUUUUUGAUUCAGUUUUCUUAAAGGGACAGUGUCUACAGCAUUACUUCCCACUGUUAAAGGAUCACUAUAGGGUCAGGAACAGAAACAUAUAUUCCUGACUAUAGUAAAAACCCACCAUUUAGGUGGCUGCCCCCUCAGAAUGGGUUAAAACUCUCCUUAUUUUCAGCUCUCCAUAGGUCUGCUGGUAGUGGGCAGGGCUAAAUGCUGUUUUGGCCAAUCAGCACCUCAUAAAGACUCAUUGAAAGUUGAGUGUGGGGAUGCUGAACGCAGGGCUGCCUAGUGUGCAUCCCUGGGCCAGGAAGCGGCUCCAGUGGCCACUUGAAAAUACCUGAAGAGAACUAUAAAACUCAACAGAAUAACAUUAAGCUGUAGUUGUUCUGGUGACAAGUGUCCCUUUAAAUAUAUUACAUAUCUAUUUGUUUCUGCUCAAGUGUGAGCAAAAUCUCGCUCUUGGCUUCUACAGUUCUAGUUACAAAGUGAAGCAUCUUUAGAGUUGUACUCUAUCAACAUCUAGCAAUCAAUGUCUUAUUGUCUAUAAGGGUGUCUCUCACCCAAUAGCAAAGUGUCUUAUACGUGUGUAAACGGCUGAAUGUUUUAAUCUUAUUUUUCCCCAGCCCACGGAGAAGACGUCGAAGCCGCUCUAGAAGCAAGAGCAGAUCGCGAUCACGCAGCAGAUCUCGUUACAGCAGGUCAAAAUCCCGCUCACGAACCAGGUCUAGAACACGCUCCAGUUCAAAGUCCCGCUCUGCUCGGAGAUCAAAGUCCAAGUCAUCGUCCGUCUCUAGGUCCAGGUCCCGUUCUCGUUCAAGAUCCAGGACUACACCUCCUGUGACAAAGCAGUCAAAGUCCAGAUCAAGAUCUCCAAGUCCCCCAAAGUCUCCAGAAGAAGAGGGAGCAGUGUCUUCGUAGGAUAAAGGUAAAAUAUGUAUAAAUAGUAUGUUCACCGCUGGGUUGAAUUAAGGGCUUGCAUAAUGCUGCCAUUACUCAAAACUAGUCAAGGGGUGGUCCUUUUGGUGCCAGAAGAGGCAGUCUUGCCAUGUUUUUAUAUAUUUUAGUUUUGCACAAGCAUUGUUGAGCAGUUUCAUGCAGAUCUAUAGCUUGUAUUGUACAUAAUGGGAUAUAAUAUUGUGCUGUAUAUUGGGGUGUCCUUUCACUGAUUGUUUAAACCAAUAUCUGCAUUUUCCCCUCAAAGCUGCGGGCUCCAGUUGCUUAAGGAGUAUUGAGCUGUAUUGCAGAUAUUAAGUGGUUUUUCCUGAUCCUCCAGGGACCAGUUUCUGUGGGCGUGUAUUGGAGCAGGUUUGUGUCUGAUGUUAAAGAUGCACUAUCCUGGAUGCUCAGAGCCGAUAUUGAAAAUGCAAUGUUGCAUAGGUUACCAUCACUAAGGCAGGAAUGAAGUACUGUGGUAAAGGGGCAGUCCUUAUUUUGACAAACAUUAAUUCAAAGCAUAUUGGAAAUUUUAUGCACAAAUCCUUGAUAGAUCUUGUCCCUGGUGUUCAAUACAGUCAUAAUCAAAAUACACUAAACUUUCUUACUGGUAAGUAAGAUCUCACAUUGAAUUACACAAGUGUGUAGGAAACUUUGGACUACCCCUUUCAAGGAUGGUGUGUCUUUAAUUUGUCUUAACUGUUUGGUCUUUCAGCCGUGAUUUGAAGUUUUACAAACCUCACUUACUUCACUCUGAUUACCACACUUCUCUAAUUUGAAGAGAAUUCUCUACACCAGAUUAUCUCCAUCCCCUUUUGCAAAAGAGCACUACAGUGUAUAUAGAAUGCUGACUUAUGCCAACUACCCUACAAUAACUUCCAUAUUAAGCGCCAGUACUUUAUGCCCCUCACUCAAUGUGUGUGUAUAUAUAGAGACUUUAUUCCUUCAAUUCUCAUUGCUUUUCUUUCUUCUCAUCACUACCAGAGUCUUCACAAAGAAAUCCACGCAGGAAGUCGGAGGUGUUCUCUUUAAUCCUUCAGUCUAAAGGAACAAUCCGUGGAGUAAGCAACAGCUACCGAAAAGGUGGUUAUUUGUAUGAUUUUUGGUUUUUCCUCCCUGUUUAAUUUUGCCUGUUUAAGUUGAGCCCUAUGUGGCAGACUUCACAUUUUAUGUGCCAUUUUUUUGUUGCUGUUAUUCCAAUUUUUUGUAAUUUAGUGAACGCCUACAGAUUUCAUUAUUGGCUUGGAUAUUUGAGGUAACACGUUUCUGUUAAUAAAUUGUAUCGUUUAAAACCCAAAGGGUUGAGAAGGUAUGUCUAUACUUCACUGAACUGUAGUUGCUUGUGUUUGGACACUACUCAUCAAAGCAUUGUUUAAACCAGUGACCUAUUUUUACAAAUGUUAAAUUUCUUGUAUGUAACUACAUUUUAGUAUCUGAACCCAAAAUAUGUAUGUACAUGUAACUGUUUCAAGGGAGUGUUUUUAUUUGACUACAACUCUAAUCUCUUCUCUUGUGUAUUUUUGUGCACUAGGCGCAGUUGUGUAGCAGUUGAGUUAUGCUGGUUAGCUGUUAAGGUGGCGUGUUGCAGUGCAGAGUGCUUGGCUGUUUCCUGUUUUCUCCCGAUUGCUCCUGUGUAACGCUGCCUUGUCGUGCAGAAAAACAAAUGGCUGCCCAGUUUGUUAGAAUGCCUGACAACUGCACUUCCAGUCGCCCCGGUCUUGCAUAUAAAUAAUGGAGCAUACAGUGAGCACAUCUAGCUGAUGAUAAACACCUUUUUUUCAGAAUCUGGUAAACCUGAGUUUCAAAUGUAACAUCAGUGUCAUUCCAAUGUAUGUGUUUGCAUCUUUUUGGCUUUAACAUUCUGUACUAUAACCACUGUAGUUAAUAAACUUUUUCUUUUCUUUACAAAGA